CGUCUCUUAAUCAGUCGGUGAUCUUUUCCUGAACAAUAAACUCAAACAUGCAGACUGAGCGAUGUUGUCUCUAAUAGGUUCGUUUUGUAAAUUUGAUUUAAGCCUAUUUACUAGUAUUCACAUUUUAUACAGUACAUGUAGAUCUGCAUUCGCUUUAAUUAUUUCAUGACUUUAGGCCGGUUUCCUGUUUCAGGAAGUGAAUCGUCAAGCGCAGCACUUCUUCCAUCAAACUUUUACCAACUUAAACAAGACUCACGCUGUUGGUUAGCUCCUUCUGACAGCCCGUCUGCAUCUGUGUCAUGUUCAGAGCUUUAAAGCUCUGCAUUCUUGUUCUGGCACCGGCAUCGGUACUUCUGCUGCACCCUGCUGCUCCACAGCUCGUCUCGUUGAUCGGAAUCUAAACCUUCAUUAGGGCAGGAUGGAGUUUGCUUGCAGUCAUGUCGUAUGUAACUGGGGCCCAGAUGGAGAAGAUGUUUCUGAAGUUGGACCUGACUAUGAGAACAGAGCACUUCUAAAACAGCAAACAGAUCCACUUCCGCCACCACUACCUCCUCGUCGCUUUAGGAAACCUCGGCCCACCUCCCUUCCUAAUCCACCUUUUCUCACCUCCCAGCUUUCAGUGACUCCUCUCUCCCUGCCUCCUCCAGUUCCUCCGAGACUUGAUUUGCUGGAACAAGACAACCGCUUUAAAGUCAACAUCAACGUCGUCUCCCUUGGUGUUGGAAAACUGGCUGACAUGAGCCAAGAUGCAGGUCUGGAGAACUUCCAGAGCCCAGUGAUUUGUGGGAAAUGUAGUGCUGCGCUGUCAUGCCUAAGUUCAGUUUGGAAGAAGUUGUGGGUGUGCGAGUUCUGUGGGUAUGAAAACGGCGUCGACGAAAGUCUGGCCCAGGUGUGCAUCGGUCAGCGCGCAGGUGUGCGAAGCGACGACCUUUACCUGCCGGGGAAGAGUGAAGACGACUACCAGAACCUGGAGGAUACAAUGGUUGUUUUUUGUGUGGACAUUUCCGGCAGCAUGACUGUCACGACAGAGGUGACAACAGGCAACGGCUCUACAAUGCACAUAUCCAGAUUAGAGGGAAUCCAGGACGCUCUCCAGAGAACGCUAACGUUCACCUUGCAGCAGACGCCUCACAGGAGGGUGGCCCUCGUCACCUUUAAUGAUGAGGUUGUUAUAUAUGGGGAUGGUACUCGCACUCCUCUCACCAUCAGGGACUGGGCAUUGGUUGACUACGAGCACAUCUGGAAACAGGCUGUGGGUUACAACGUCCCUCACUGCAUCGCUGAGACAUACCAACAUCUCACCCAAAGAGUCAAAGAGCUCAGAGAAAACGGAGCUACAGCUCUUGGUCCGGCAACGUUGGCGUCUGUAGCUUUGGCAUCAAAAUACCCCGGCUCCAAGGUCAUCUUGUGCACCGACGGCAGAGCCAACAUCGGCCUCGGUGACAUGGAACAAGCUCAGUCCUCAUCCGCAGAUAACUCCUAUUUCUAUAGAGAGCUGGCUCUGCAAGCAGUACAGAAAGGAGUCAUAAUCUCGGUGAUGUCCUUUAAAGGGACAGAUUGCCGCUUGGCCGACAUUGGGAGACUGGCUGACGUGACCGGAGGAAGGGUGAACAUCGUCAGCAUCGGUACGGUGGCCACAGAGAUCCAGUCCAUCUCUGAAGACAACGUCUUAGCAACAAGUGUCACUGCCACCCUGCUUGCCCCUGACGGAGUAUAUUUCCCCUAUGAGGAUGAGCACAAUCACAAACUGGUGAGGGAGAUUGGAAACGUGACGAAGGGACUGGAGAUCACCUUCGAGUUCGCCGUGAAACCAGAUUAUGUGGAAUUUUGUUUCCAGAGGAACACGCUUCCGUUCCAGCUGCAGCUCAGCUUCAAGACCAGAGACCAGCAGAAAGUCACGCGCAUCAUCACCGAGCAGCGGCCGGUCACCAUCGGCAGUCAGAUCCUGCUGGGGAGGCUCAACAUGGCGGUGCUGGGCGUCUACUGGGCUCAGCUCUGCGCCGGCUUAACCGUGGAGGGCCGGGUGAAGGAAGCACGGAGGCAGCUAGCAGCGCAGCAAGACCUGCUGAGGCACAUCAGUAAACUGAGGCCAAUCCAGAAGGAAGAGAGUAUCUAUGGCAACUGGAUGGAGACCAUGACCACAAUCUGUGGCGACAUUACUACAGAGUCUCAGGUUCUGUCUGAUGAAGCAGCCGAGGUGGUGUACCAGAUGAAGAGAGCCAGCAGCAUCAGCAGCAAAUCCACUGCAGGCAGGCAGAAAAAGACUUUUGUGAGAAAAAAGCCCAUGGAAGCAAUGUAGAAAAAUAGGAAUGAUGAUACUGUGUUUAGCAGGCGAUUAUGAACGAUUUAGUUUUGUUUAUCGACCAUGUCACCUGUUCCAAAAUGCAAAAGCGGCUAUUUUAACGCACAGAAAAGACUCUUCUGGUUAUUCUGUUUCAUAUUUUCAUACUGAAGUGGGUGAAUUAGAUUUGUAGACGACAUAUUUGGGUUAAACACACCAACCCAAAAGUGGAUCAUGUUCUGUGAAUAGGUUGCAGUUGAGCCAUCAAACCAAGGUGUUAUAUUUCUGUUUUAUAGGAAGCUCGUUUACCAAUACACUUCUCAA